UCCGGAUCCCGCAGCCUGGCCGUCAAGGGCCCAAUUGGCAUGCCUGCAACUAUAUGGCCUUUAUUUGACCGCAUUGCGUCUUUGCGAACAAUCUUCCGCUUACCCGUAUUUCUAAGCCUGGGGAUAAAGACAUGCAUGGCAACAUCCACGCAUUACGUUCGAACGAGGCUCGUGUCAGACUCCUGCGUGCUCGAAAGCCGAGCCAAAACAUCAGCGACAAACAAAGCCUUCAAUAGUAGCAGCACCUCCUGCCAGGCUGAAACAGCUGAAAUAGAUGGUGUUGGCGGAGAUUAAGGCGCUUUUUUCGUUGGAGAAGCCAGAGUUGGGGCAUCCAAAGUAAAGGCACUGAGAAUUUGCCGCUUCGCAUGGUCUGGGAAUAGAGUUUCCGUUCACGCGGAAG